CCAAAUGUUGCCCCCUCAAUCGUCAUUGGCGAUGGAGCAAAGAAAGAUGAGGACGACUGUCGAGAGGCUGGAUAAACCCAGCACGUAUUAUUUGGGAAAGAAUAAGAGACGAAAACUGGGUCAAGGUCGGGAGGAGCCAGAUGAGAAGAUUGAAGCCGAAGAUCCUUUAAAGGAUGCCACUACUCUUUACGUUGGGAAUUUAUCCUUUUACACCACUGAAGAACAAAUUCACGAACUUUUCGCCAAAUGCGGCGAGAUCAAGCGACUAGUGAUGGGCCUUGACCGAUUCGCAAAAACUCCAUGCGGCUUCUGCUUUGUUGAAUAUUACACGCAUCAGGAUGCCCUCGACUGCAUGAAAUACAUUGGAGGCACAAAGUUGGAUGAAAGAAUAAUCAGGACUGAUUUGGACCCUGGAUUUCAGGAAGGAAGACAAUAUGGUCGGGGUAAGUCUGGCGGCCAAGUGAGAGACGAAUACAGAGAUGAAUACGACCCUGGCCGCGGGGGAUACGGUCGUGCAAUCGCAGAAGAGAGACGCCGGGAGGAAGAACAAUAUGGAAGAGGCAGGUAG